AUUUAGUGUUAAUUGUUCAAAACAUGCUGACAACGACGGGAGGGUAAAAAGUGAUAGAUACGUGUGGCUCAAAGCACUGAACCUGACAACUCGUUGGACACCAACCGCGGUGAGGGGCACAUCGAGCAAAAAUUAAUCAAAGGGAAGCAAUCAGCCUUUUCUGUUGCGCAUGAUCAAGGAUCGGUGCGCGCACGCGCAGUGGAGGCUUAUCAGAUGGCCAUUUUGAUGAAAGCGAAAUAGUGUGUAGAGUUAGUUUCGAGGAAGAUGUCUUCUUUAGGGUACGUUUGGUGCUGAAAGGAUGACUAUAACAAAUCAUGAAAAUGAAUGUGCGGAGCCCGAUGCAAUCGUACUGGAGUAAUUCCCUGGCAAUUCGUCAGGAGAUCCAGCGAUUCGAAAGCGUUCAUCCCAGUAUUUACGCUAUUUAUGACUUAAUAGAAGCGAUUCCAGACCCCCUGAUUCAGCAGCAGAUUCGCGAACAUGUUGUAUGCAUCGAGGAUUCUUUUGUUAAUAGUCAAGAAUGGACUCUGAGCAGAGCUGUUCCAGACUUGAAGCUGGGCAUACUGGGAAGUGUUCAGAGUGGCAAGUCAGCGCUCGUCCACCGUUACCUGACUGGCUCCUACAUGCAAGAAGAAUCUCCCGAAGGUGGUCGGUUCAAAAAAGAAGUUAUUAUUGAUGGGCAGAGUUAUCUUCUCCUGAUCCGCGAUGAAGGGGGUGCCCCAGAAAUGCAGUUCACCCACUGGGUGGAUGCAGUCAUCUUUGUGUUCAGCCUGGAGAAUGAGAUGAGUUUCCAGGCUGUAUACAGUCAUUACGCCAAAAUGGCACAGUACCGAGAUACCAAAGAAAUACCCCUCAUCUUAGUUGGCACACAAGAUGCUAUUAGUGAAAGCAAUCCACGUGUCAUUGACGACACACGAGCACGAAAGCUAGCCAAUGAUCUGAAGAGAUGCUCAUAUUAUGAAACAUGUGCAACAUAUGGGCUGAAUGUAGAACGUGUGUUUCAGGAUGCUUGCCAGCGAAUAGUGCAGAUGCGCUACCCUAAUGCUCCCAGUCUGCCAACGGCUGUUCCAUCUACUCCCAACCAUUCGCAGCGCUCAUUCUACGCAACUCAAAGUUCGUCCAAGCCUUAUGAUAGUCACAGUACCAGCAGUCAGUCAACAUCAAGCUCGGGCACUCUCACAGCUAGUCACCCACCAGGGCCAAUCAAAGACAAGGAAAGCAGCCGCGAACCCAGAGAGAGCAGUGGAGGCAGCAAACCUGAGAGAAAGAAAGAGAAACACCUUCCACAUCAUAUGCAACCUCCCCAGCCUCAGCCUCCUCCUCCACCCCAGAUCCCCCCACCCAUGCAUUCUCAUUUGCAACAGCAGGCCCCCCAGCCUGAACCUGCGGACCCCCCUCCACCUCAGGAGGACAAAGUGGAUUUCAGGGAUGUCAUGGCUUCCACGCCAUUGGCAUCUCGCAAAAGCAAAAAAGUCUCCUCAGUUCACAAGUCAAAUUCCUUCAGUGGUGCCAUGGACCAGCGACAUCAUGCGCAUAGCUACCUACCCAAUGCAAUGGCUUGGAAAAACAUACAAUUUUUCAGGCCUAGUUUUCUCAGCGACCAAAUGGAUAAAUGUUUGGACUUGAGCUUUGAGGACAGUGUACCUUCCACCCCUGUUUUGACUAGAAUGACUCGCAUCAGAUCAAGCCUGGUCCUUGACAACAAACCAGAGAGCAAAGACUUGCCUACUCCAAGCAGUACUCCAACUCAAAGUAGGAAAAACCGACGUCGGUCAAAUCUUUUCAAUCCAAAAAAUAAAGAUGAUGACAAGAAACAGGAUGGAGAGAAGAUGGGUAGUGGUCGUGCAAUACCAGUUAGACAAGGUUAUCUAUACAAGAAAAGCCAUGGUCUGAACAAAGAGUGGAAGAAAAAGUAUGUGUCUUUGACCGACGAUGGUCGGCUCACAUAUCACCCAAGCCUUCAUGAUUACAUGGAGGAUAUCCAUGCAAAAGAGAUUCCUCUAAUUCACACUACAGUCAAGAUCCCAGGCCAGCGACCCCGAGGAUCACGCACCACAUCAGUUGGUUGUACCAACCAGCCUGAUGGUGGUGAUAUGAAUAACUCUACAGCAUUUGAAAUCUCACAAGAGGGACCCAUCGACAACUCACUAGUUAUUCAGAACACCUCCAUCACUCCAGGUGUUAUGGACCGACCUUGGCAAUCCAACACUCCCAACAUGCCAAAAUUAGGCAUCAACAGUUCAAACAAGGAUACACCAAAUGUCAAGAAGAGGCAUAGACGGGCCAAAAGUGGGGGAGUAAAGAACGUGGACCAAGGAGCUGGUGACGAAUCAGACGGGUACGAGUUUGUCAUUGUUUCACUUGAGAACAAGCAAUGGCAUUUUGAGGCUCAGAACAACGAGGACCGAGAUGGUUGGGUAAAUGCAAUAGAGCAGCAAAUUUUGUCAAGUCUUCAAGGAAAUGACUUGGGUAAAUCAAAAAAACAGCAAACAAUAGACCAUGCAGGGCUUCAGGGCAUUCGAACAACAAGAGGCAAUACAAUCUGUGCUGACUGUGGAACACCUAGUCCAGAUUGGGCAAGCAUAAACUUGGGUGCUGUAAUAUGCAUAGAAUGUUCUGGAGUACACAGAAACUUGGGGACACACAUAUCUCGGGUCCGCUCACUUGAUCUGGAUGAGUGGCCGAGCGAAGUAACAAAAGUCAUGACCUCCAUUGGCAAUGCUAUUGCAAACAGUGUAUGGGAAGCCAACACUAAGGGACGAUCGAAACCCACCUCAUCCUCCACACGUGAAGAGAAAGAGAAGUGGAUCAAAGCCAAGUAUGAGAUAAAGGAAUUCUUGCCACCAUUGCCCUAUAUAGACAUCCCUGUCAAUCAGCAACUGAUUGAUGCUUUGGUGCGAGAGGACAUUCGCAACAUUGUCAUUAUCUUGGGUCAUGCUGUGCCAGAUGACAUCAAUGCUCCCUACAGUAAAGAUGAUGGUCGCACUGCCCUUCACAUUGCUGCUGCUCUAGGCAAUGUUGUUUAUGUGCAGCUCUUGUUAUGGUACAAUGCCAAUGUCAAGGUCAUGGACCAUGAAGGACGCAACGCUCUUUGGUAUGCACGUACCUCAGGGUCAGCAGAGUGCACAGAUUUAUUGAGCAAUGCUGGCUGCCCUGAUCACCCAACAUUGCCUCGAAGACGUGGCAGUCUUCAACCCAGCAAGAAUGAUGUGUUUGACAAACUUCCUGCCAGCGUCAUCUAGUCCAGACUUUCUGGACCGCAACUGUGUUUUAUUUCAACUGCCAUUAUGAGCUGAUGGAGAGAGGGUUAAUACGGGCUUCUGCUUUCUUCAUCUUGUACCACCUGCUCUAUCAGGCAUGCAUGGGAUCCUGCUGCUGUACCUAACAGGAAAUAGAAACAGUGGGCUACCCAGUUCGCUGGCCUGAUUCUUCCCCCCUGGCAGUGUGGGUGGAUGGAUGUGGAAGAUGCUGAUGGCUGUGUGGGUGUGAGUGGGUGGGUAGGUGAGCAGGCGUGUGCAUGCAUGUUCUUGAUUUUAGUUCAUGUACAUUGACAUGAUCUCACCACAGCACCUGUAAUAUAGGCUCUUCAGCACUACCAUUUCACAGGAGACUGUUUGGUUAUCUCCCAGUAGUUUGAUGAGUUUGAUACUUAUUUUAUACUGACCAGCUUCUGCACCUGGAGACAUACAUGAAUGAGUGCAACACAGACACAUCUACUGUCAUAACGAUUUUAAGUAAAGAUGUACACAUUUUCUUGUGUUCCUAGUUGAAGUGUGCAAGAGAUGUUAAAAUAGAGGAUGGUAAGCCUGCUUCUCUUCAUCAUAUCAUAUCAAACUGCAGGUCUGCCAAUUAUGUUGUGAGUAUUCUGAAAACUCCAUCAUACUUAAAGCACAAUUCUUGCAGAAGUUUGAAGCAUGAUCUUAAGGUGUCUGCGGACCUUUGCCACUUUGUUGUCGUUGCAGAGGUGGUGGCUUAAGCUGGCAGUUCUGCAUCUUGUUGAUCUCGUGGAAAGUUCAGAAGUUCAAGCUACUUUUAUUAGAGAGUAUUUCUAGUCCCUCUUGUACUGGCCAUAUUCAGUUAAAAGUCUUUUUUCUGUACUUGCACACUGUUGGAGUUAGCUGACUUUUUUAGCAUGGGACUUUUUUUAAUUGAAUGGGAAGACUUGUAUGCUUUUUGUUGCCAAGUAAACCACAGGAAGACACUAUCAGAAAUGAGAUUACAUUAAGAUUUUUAUCAUUAUGCCCUGCAAAUUCUGUGGGUAGAGAUCAUGUUACGCUGGGAAAUCCUGUAGCUUAUCUGCAGGCCAAAGCUGGAAAAGAAUAAUUCUAACCACGAUAAUUGUGCAAAAGAAAUCUUUAGCCUGAUGAUCAGGAUAAUUUGCAAGUUUCAUUGUCAGUCUGCUGCCUCCUGCUGUUCCAUAUCAUUUUUGCUGGGUUUUGUUUGUUUGUUUUUUAUGUUUUUGGUUUGGUUUGGUUUUUGUUUGUUUGUUGUUGUUUUUUUUGGGGGAGGGGGGGGGCUGCUUGGGUUUUUUCCUUUAAUAGGAAGCAGAAUUUCUGUGAUCUUUCAAACAGAGAAUUGAUGAUUAUGCAAAUGUAGACAUUUGAGUUUUAAGAUCCCUCAGUUGCUGACACACUAGUUUUUGAUCAGAGUGAUGUAAAUAUUUAACCUUAGUCAUGGACAUCUUAUCAUUUCAGUUUUAAGGAAACCAGACCAUUUUUAGUUGAUGAGCAAGCUGAGGGUGUUUGUUUGCUAUAGAAAUUAUGGAGUCUGCAACUUCUCUUGUGUAUGGACUACUAGUGCAUCUUUCAAUAGCACCUCAUAGGGCAAUAGUUGGGCAUGAAUACGUACUGUGUUGUUUCACUGUGGGUCCAGGUUGUCUGAUAUCAUGGCUCAGUAGAUAAACUGUUUUCAGUAAGAAUAAAAAAUAAUUGUCUUCAAUUUAGCUUUUGAUGGUAAACUGCCAGUAACACAAUCACGUCAUUAAAUAUCAUAACUUUUUUUUUAAGUGUCAAGAUUACUUUGUCCAGACAUCAGUACAGUCCUAUUUGAUAAAGAUCAUCUGCAUUGUCCAGACAGUAGAGCCUUAGUUGUUACAUAAUUCUUGCAUAGUGAAGACAGGAUACUUGUUUUGUCCAAAAAUCUGCAGAUUCCAGAUAUUCCUGCUGCAGGCUCUUGCUUCCAUCGGUUUGAUAUUUUUAAUGAUGGAAGGAAAGAGGACAUUUGUAUGCAGGAAGAUAAGGGGUUAACUUGCAAGGAAUGCUUCAGUUCUUCUUUAUCAUUCCAACAGUACAACCACUCUUUAUCAUGUCAGCAGUACAACCUCUCUUUGAAAUGUCAGCAGUACAAGACCUGUGCUGUAGCAGCAAUGUUUGAUCUGGCAUCAUAAAGGCCAGAGAGGCACAUGAUCACUGCAAAUUUUAAUUAAUUUUUUUACAAGAGAAAACAACUUUCUAGAGUCAAAAUUAUACAAAUUAAUUCCGAUUUUUAAACGUUUUACUGUAGUGUGAUAUAUUGUUUGUGAUAUAUUGUUAAUCAGUUAACGGUAGUGCAACACAAAGUGAAUUCCGUUAUCAGCUCCUUCAGCAAACCAUAGGGGAGAUAACUUCAUAUCAUAAGAGACAGGUCUUUCUGUUAGAUAAUCUCCCCGCAAUCGCUUUGCGUCUCUCGCAGUUAAAUCUUUUGAGUGCAAAAUAGAAUUGUCAUAAAUAUGGUGGCUAGUGUUAUGGUGUCUGGUUUUAUCUGUUUAUACAGACAGCAUUAUAUAUUUAAGUCAUGUACACUUUUAUUUUGACUAGCAGAGUUUUAGAAACAUUUCUUUUAGUGGCUGCACAUAAACCGUGAGCCAACAGUGACUAUUUGAUUGUUUCUGAUUUUAUGAGGAUGCUUCAGAUAAAUGUCAUUUCAUAAACAGCAAAGUUUGUGCCAAAGUUACAUUUAAUUACAUCUCUCUGUAGAGGAUCUUGACAUUGAGAAUCUUACUCAAAGCUGGAAUCACUAUGUACUUUUUCUGAGAACUCAUCAGCACCAGAUGUCUUGUCACCAUUAGGAGGUCUCAUCUGGAUUUCAUGUUUAUAUGCUUUUAGCAUUGUUGUAUCUCCCAGCUGUUUAGCUGACUGCCAGGUAGUUAUGGCUUAUUUUGUGGUGCUUACAUUACGACAUCUGUUAGGCAGAUUUUUAACUUUGAUGUGAAGUGGAAAUUUUCUUGUUGAACAUUGCUGUAAAACAACUAUGUUGCAGACACCAAGAUUUCCAUUUAUCUUAUUUAUUGUGGGUCCAUGCAAUUAAAAUUUAUUAAAACUAAAUAAAAGAGUUGAAGCAAUCAUGUCCGGAAAGGUCCUUGUCAGGACUUGUUUAACCCUGAUGCGCUGUUAUAAACCUUUGCAAUUGUUUUUUUUAUCUGUCUCAGUGAAAUUUAUUGAGCGUGCAAGACUGCUAGACCUAGAACAGCAGUGUUGAAUUGAUGCUACAAAUGCUUUACCAUUGGUUGUGUUUGUUAUUUGAGAUCAUAGUGUCUUGUGACCAUGGAUGUUGACACAAGCUGCAGAAGUGCUAGAAACUUCUUCCAUUAAAAUCAGCAAAUGCUGAUGAGCUUGAAAAUUCAGUCACUUUUUGUGGUUUGCUGUAUAGAAACAAUAGUUAAAAUUUGGUAUUGCUGUUUAUUAAGCAGUGGCCCAGACAAAAUGGCAUUUUAUUAAUAGAAAUAACAAACAGCUAAUAAUUCCAUUGAAUGCUGCAGUGACCUGAAGGGCUGACACACAAGCACAAACUCUGCCCUGUACAAAUACUGCAUUUUAGCUUCCUUCUGGGGGUUUGCUGAAUGAUUUGGGAUUUUUAUGUAUUUAUUAUUUUUGUACGUUAUCAGCAGGCUGUAAAAGUGAAGAUGUGUACAUUUUGUUCAAGCUUGAAGAACUAAAAUUAUGAGAUACACCUUGAGAGGCAGAACAUUGUAUGUAUGGAUAUAUUUUGUUUUUCUUUGUAAACAGGUCAGAUGUUUUCUCAGUUUUAUUGUUUUAGACCUAAGUUUAUUUCCAGUGUAAAAUACUUGCACAAAUGAGCAUGUCAGAAUGUUGCACUUGUGUUUGUUUUCAGUAAUGAUAUCUGGUGAUAUCUGUAGAUUUUUGUUUCUCAGGACAUAUUACAGGUAAAACUGUAGAUGUUAUGAACAGAAAGCAGAUGUGUAUAAGUAGUUGAUGCACUGAGUCGGGCUUUAGUAUUUGAUGUGCAUAUGUGUAUCAUGAAUGCUGACCUAGCUGUUGUUGUAAGAGUGUGCAAGGAGCAGUCGAUUAAAGGUGAGAGUGAAUGAGAAUGUGAGGUUGCUUGAGGCACUUGAUGCAAAUGUGGCCCAGGAUGCUGGCAGCAAUGGGUUAGGUUAAAUUGUAAACAUACUGCAGACUGUUUGUUAACCAUUCGUCUGGUAAAUAUCAUUGAGACCGUCUUGCAUGGCAUUUUGUCCCCAGACUCUGUGGCUGACCUGUGAACAUAGAUUGUUUUAGGAUUGUUUCCUGAUUGGAAGAUAACACUGUAUUGUGAAAUGCAAGUGCUUUAAAAAAGCACAAAAGUUAAUACUUAUAAUUGCAGAAGGUAAACUCAGAUAAAUUUGUAUACUUGUAAUCAAAUACAUUGACAGUUUGGGUUCCCCCCCCCCCCCACCGUUUUUUUUUUUUAAUAUCAGAAGCGAGAUUCAAAAAACGUGGUUUUUAUUUCAGAAGCGAAACAUGUGGGGGAACUGAGCUGUCAUGAGAUGUGACGCACAGGCGUGUUUUGUCUGGAUGCUUUAAUAUUGUAUGAAAUGCUGAGGCAUUGUACAAAGGCAUACACUGUCAGUUGCUGCUGUGAAAUGAAGACCAUAAAAUUUUACAAUACAUAAGACUUUUUAGAUUAGUUUUGGUUAUGGCCCACAGCAAUACAGAGUACAGAGCCUGUUUGUGCAAGUUCCCCUGCACCCUUGGUUUUCAUCAUGACAAGAUAAACUGACAUUAAGGUCGGAACGUAUGUGUAAAGGUUGCUGCGAAAUGCUAUGAAGGUUUUUUUCUGGCCAGUUCCAGUUGUAAAAAGCGGUGAGUCGCUCUCCCUAUGUAGUGCAGAUUUGUUCCUCGCAUAGGGUUUAAGGAACUAGCCAAGUACUAUAGGGGAAGACGCAGGGAGGAACUAGGGGCCAGUGACUAAAUGACAGCUGUCCUCCCACUGAGCACAUCUUCGGUCAUCAAAGGGUGAAAAUGCGUGGACAGUUCCUAGUCAAGCAGUGUGUACUAUAUGUCUGUAGCUGUUAUGUUUGUUGCAUGUGGAAGUCAGCUUAGAUGUUUGAGAUCCAGAGCUGGAAGCAUCCACUAUCGGCAGUGUUACUGGCCACAAGUCUACAGCAGAGGUGCGUGGUUGGGACCUGGAUGCGGUGCUGUCCAUCUCUCCCAGUGUCAUGCGAUUCAUCUAACGACCUAGGAUCAGCAGUCUUCGUGACUUGCAGACAGCUGCAUUGCCGGGAAUUUCCACGCUGUGCUUCUGGCUUACAAGUCUAAUGCUGUUACUGUAACAUAGGAGGAGGGUGGGGUGGGGAUUCACAUUGAGCGUCAAACGCUUUCCGGUCUGAACAAUCCGAGAAAACGGCGCCCUCGUGAACCCUCGUCUGGCUCGCAUGAUAAGCAUCAGUACUCGGGUGACGUGUGUAUGGUGUUAUGGUUCCGGGCGACAGUUGUCUGAAGUCAGUACCUAAUUGUGUUUUGUUUUUUUGUACAGUUUCCCUUUUGUACUGGGAUGUGAAGUUGAGGACGACAGAUAGUCGUGUUGCGGUAAGAGAGAGAGAGUGCCGUGCGUCAUUUGCUUGCUUGAUGAUAAAGUAGAAGUCAUGUAGGCGUCCGGUAUCAGUGCAAUGUAUUUCUCACCACCCUGGCCCUUCACUACUCAGGCUGGUGAUGAAACUUUUCUUUUUAAUUGGUUGGCUGCCUUUUUUGGGUAGGGCGUGGGGAUAACCUGGCGUUUGUUUGGGUUUUUAUUAUUAUUAUUUGUUUGUUUUGUACAUACCGACAUUAGUGUUAUUCUUGCUCCUGAGUGCCAUGUCCACAAUUAAAAGUUGCGACAGGCGGGAGUUUAUAUAUAUACCUGGUGGACCUGUAUACACGGAGAAGCGGAUAGCGCACUGGCGUUCGAACCCAGAAGCGCCGGUUCGUUUGCCGUAUGGCGUAGCAAGCUCUUUCCACACCACCCAACCCCCAUCUCCAGUUGACCCAGCUGGCAGGAAUGGGUACCUGACAUCAGAGAAUGUUGGGGAAGAUAAAGCAGCGAGGAAGAUGAGUUGGGUAUCGUCCAAACGUAAAGCUGGCCCCGAGAAAAGUGAGGUCUCGAACAUCUUUCUCCCCAGCGGCCACAAAAGGUUAGGGGGCGAACUUUAUUGCCUUGUAGUCCGUUAUCAGUUGAUUCCACUUUUUCUGAUCCUUCUUUGUCCGACGUUUUUUGUUUAUUUCACUCCAACGUGUUUUGGUUUCUGUGGCAACUUUCGCUUGUUUUCGUUUUUCCACAGGUUAUUGAAUAUCACGUGCAAAGGGAAGUAGGCCGUGUGAUGUUACAUGAAGUUGAUACUGUGUAGCGCCACACAAGUUGAGACAUCGCCGAUUAAAGAUUAAACACGGCAAGUUAUCUAUUUAGAAUUCUGAUUACAAAACUAGUAAUAGUUAAUGGCAUAUUUUUUUCUUAAGACGUUUUAUAAAAAUUGGGCGUUUUUCCCUUUUAAUUGUGAUGAGUUUCACGGAGGAGGUUUUGUGUAGGGGUAACAGCGACUCAAAAAAUGUCAGUUUGGGAAAUAAGCGCGAAAGCAUGGACCUGGAGCACAGAUAACAUCACAGAAGAGAGAACACAAGAUGAUUUGAGGGAAGAAGAGACCACAAAAUAUUAGUUCAUCAGCUGUGCGAGAGCACCGAGACCAGUUGGCUUUGGUGCAUUACCCGCUGCUCCUGUGCCAGUCUAUUGGAGCGAGUCACAUGUACCACAAAAUGAAAUGGCCUCGCUCCAAGGCUGACUUGUGACACAGUAGUCUGUAUUUCAGUAGAAUUUCUACAACAAUGGCGUUUCCUUUAGUUACUACUGAAAGUUUAUAUUUUCCCUGUGAAAGUGAGGCCAAGCUUCAGCCAUUUCAGUAAGGCCCACGUAAGUUGUGGACGUGGCGUUUGACCAUUCCAGUGUGGUCUGUUGUGAAGUUGGAUCCAGUUGAGGAGAUGGCGAGCCGAGGUGCCUCUACUGCCAAACGAGGAAUCCCCAAGUCACGCAUGAUCCAUGCGGUGCAGACAGAGGCACCUUCAUGAGUCGACCCUAACUUUGCUGCCAUUGUCGUCAGCAACUCACCCUUAUACAAUCCACAGUCCGCGAGGCUACUAAACACCAAUACCUGUCAAAGUCCACCACGUCAAUGUCUACACACCUUGGUCCAUACAGCUGGAGCUAGCUGGCACUAGGAUAUAGUCUCGACAUGAAUAACAGCGGGCAAUUACAUCAAAAGGUAAUGGACUUUGAACUGUCUUCAUAGUAUGUGUAAUGUCAGCUCGUCCGUCUGACGCCAGCCACAUGGUAGUCUGGUCAAAAGAGACUCGAGUACACCAGUGGGCCUGAAUUUUUAUGGCUCAUUGGCUUUACUCGAUGAUUGUUGUUAUUAUUUACGGUUCUCGGCAGUAGGACGAUCUCUUUGUCUGGGUAUCUCAAAGUCUUCACCACCAGGCGUGUACGCUAUUGGACGCGUGCGAUGAACCACUGUCACUCAUGAUGCUGUAGAAAUCUGCUGCUGUUGCCCUACGAGGACAGCAGAGUACAGCAAGCUGAUACUAUUUAUCUUUAGAGACAUUUUUGGGGUUUUGUUUGUAUGUCUUCUCUCUCUCUCUCGCUCUUCUUCCAGUAUGUACCUCUAUCCGUUCUUCCCACCGCCAACCAAUUCUACCACAUAUUUUAACUUUUUGUGUAAAAACACAGCCGAGUGGUUAGAGCAAUGCAACUGUAUUGGGGUCCAAACCUGGAGGCGCGCUGGUUCCAUACCCGUAUGGUACUGGGAACCUUUCUCCUCCAGUCGACUCAGCUGUCGGAAAUGGGCGCCGGACUGAGGGUUGGGAAAGGCAGAGCAGCGACAGACUAGCUGGCUUAGAGAAAAGUUUGGUGUCUAACACCUCGCUCCCCCCUCUCCUUACCCAACGACCUUUAGUAAAAUAAAAGCAAAUGGUUAGGGGACGACCUUUACCCUUUUUUAAUAUAGAGAGGAUUAAACAUCUCAGAAGUUGAAAACAAAAGGUAGGAUUUUUUUUUCUUUUUGUGAAACAAGAUGUUCUGCCAAAAAUCCAGUCAUUCAUGUUUUUGGGGUCAUUGUAAGAUAAAUUGUGCUGCCUUUUACUUAUAAGAGAAUCGCCAUGGAGCAUGCUUCUGUCUUGCAUACCAACAGUAAUAAAUACAUCAUUUGAUGCAG